AUGUUUCCCUGCCCAUUGGUCGCAUACAGGGGAGCAGAGAGGUAUAAGGUUUACACUGCCACAACACCAGUGCAGCAGCCCCCCCACCACAAGAAGCUCUGUGCAGAGAGCCGCUGGCUCCCAGAGGUGAUCCCAGGAGGUCAGACCAGCAGCACCUUAACAGACUUUCUGGGGGCCGUUCCAGUGGGGGAGCAGAAGGAGGAGGAAGUAUCUGCAGUAUCCAGUGAUGUGAAAACUGAGGCCAUGGCCAACCUGAAGAAGCUGGUUCGCAACAGAAGGAACGUCCAUGUGCUCCCUCUGCCCCAGUUCCAACGUGUCCCCGACUUCUGGGGAUGGUACAAAUACUUCAUGGACACCCACAACCAAGAAGGAGUUGAGGAUCUGGAUCGCCUUUACAUGGCCUACCUGCAGAACAAGCACAGGUCAGAGGAGGGCCCAACCUUCAACCAUUACCUCACCCACCUUAGUGAAAUCUACAAGGCUUGUGCCAAUUCAGACGACCCCGAGUGCAUCGCAGAGUCCACUAGCAAACCAAAGGCUGCAAUGGUGAUGCCUGCCCCCAUAAAAGCUGCCGCUGUUGGGGUGUGCAACCCUUACAUCGACCCCUAUUGCCUCUUCCCCCUCGUGCCCAAGGCUGCAGCCCCAGCCCCAGAGCCUGCGCCGGCCCCCAUCAAGGUGCCCGCUCCUAUCCUCACCCCGAUGCUGCCUGUUCCCCUGAAGAGCCCCACUGGCUACUACUACUACGCCCCUGUCUUGGAGCCCUUCCUCAGUGCUGAGCAAAGAGCUGAACUACUGAGGAUCUGCCAGCCUUCAGAUGUGGAGUGCCUGCAGUACCACCUGAGGGCAGCCUUUGGUUACCGUCCUGCCCCUGGCCCAGCCCCAUCCUACGCCGCCCUCAACUGUGACCCCAAGGACCCAUACUGCAGGCCCAUCCUAGUCCAGAAGGCCCCCACCGGCUACUACCACCUGCUCUACCCCAACUGUGACCCGGCAGUCGAUCCUCUGUGUGUGGCUACUGUGGCCGCCCCUGCCCCGCUAGCUGACAAGGCCCCUAAAGAGCAACACUGCAACCCCCUUUUUGAUGAGGGCUGCAACCCCCUGACUGCUACCAAGCUGUCCGGCCUCACCAAACCCGUGCUGGAUUACCCCCUCAAGGAUGAGCCAGCACCUCCCGCUGCUCCUCUGACCUGUGACCCCCGCACUGACCCCUACUGCAUACUGGCAGCCGCCGCUGCCCUGCGCAAGCCACCUCCACAGCUGCCCGAGCACCAGGUCCGCUACAGGCUUGGCGUGCGCGGCAAGACCAAGGAGGGCUACGACUGCUAUAUGCACUAUGAUAAAGACUGCACCCCUGUGGAGGCCAGCCCCAAGGCCAAGGCUGACAUCAAGGCUCCAGCCAAGCCCUUCUGCCAUCCCUUCGACCCCAGCUGUGGCAAGUUUGCUUCGCCCUCCAAUCUUGAGGCCCCUAAGCCUGGCAGUGAUGGCAUAAUUCUUCCCGACCCCAACUGUGACCCUGAGUAUGACUACAACUGCCGCCUACGUCGUGCCGAGCCUGCUGCUGCUGAUGAGCCCGCCGCUGAUGAGGAUAACGCCGCUGACGAGCCUGCCCGUGAGGUUGCUGUACCACAGUCUGCUGUCCCACGCUUUGAAGACUUCCUCAGGGGCUUCAUGAGCCAGUACAAGAAGAAGUAA